CAUGCGUUGCGCACAUACUUUCUGAUAGUUUGCUUCAUGAGAAAAAUACAUUUGUUUAUACGAGGGAAAGAAGAUAGAUCUACCUAAAAGACCUGCGCUUAAGUUGAAUUUAUCAUUUUUGAAUCAUGAACCGGCCACCAUCAAGUUCAGGCAGGCCGACCACUGCCUCCAGAGGUGGGCCAAAAAUUGGAGCACCUGCUCCUGUAGGUAGACCACCUGGAACAGCAACAAGGUUAACAACUGGAAUGGUACCAGGCACUGGAAGACCAGGAACCAGGGGAGGAGUACAAGGAGGGGGAGCAGCAUUAGCAGCCCCUAUUAAUGUUACUGACAGACCCAUGACACAACAAGGUUUGGGAGGCAUCAAAACUGGGGGAAGAGGCCCUCAUCGCCAGGUACAAGACAGGUCAUACUUUUUAGGACAACUAAGGACCAAGCACAAUGAACUGAACCAGGAGUGCAACAAAUUAAGAAAAGACAUUGAACAAGCCAAUGAAGAACAGUCAAGUUUUUUGACCUAUGAGAAGAGAGCAGAGCAGUUGGCUGGAGACUUGGGUAAACUACAGGGAGAGCUGGGAGAUUACAAUACAUUAGUGGAUAAACUGAAUACAGAUGAAGAUAUUGGAGACAUACAGAGGGAUUAUGAAGAGUUGCAAGCCCAGAAUGAAAGAGAAGCAAAGAACAUUGAUGCGAUUUUCACACAAAAACAAGAACAAGAAAAUCACAUCAGACAACUUGAGCAGGAGCUGGAUCAGGAAAAGAGGAUGGCAGAUAACUUAGUGGCUGAUAUGAACCCUGAAAUGCGCCAGAGAUAUAUGCAGCUAAAGCAGGAAAAUGACCAGUUACUGAUGGACUUAGAGAAAGGACAACAAGAACUGGAUGCUCUUAACACAAAGAAGACCAAUUUGGAGGAGGAGCUGUCAUUAUCUCAAGUGAAACAAGAAGCAGUACAAUUAUAUGAGAAGUUAUUUGAGUUGGAACAGAAACGCGAUCAGCUAAUGGAGGAAGCACAAGCUAAGGGUUCCCCAGCAGAAGAAAGGGAAAAGUUACUGAAUCAAGUCAAACAAGAUAACCAAGAGAUAUCUAGCAUGGAGAGACAUUGCAAUGAAAUCCAUGAAAAGGUGAAUCAGUUGCAAGAGGAGUUGAGACAGCUAGACAUGGACCUUGAAGAAAAUAUGGGUGAGAGAAACCAAAAGUAUAGGGAGUUGAAAAAGAGGGAAGAAACAAUGAAUGAAUUUUUGGAUACUUUUGAUGAAUCCAAAACACAGGAAAUUGAGAGAAUAAGCCAACUUGAGGCAAAUGUGGUUGCUAUUCUGGAGCAUAUGAGUAGGAAUCUCUCCAGAUUCUCCCAUCUGCCCACUCCUAAGGAGCUAGCCAACAUGAAAGAUGAUCUGGCUUUCAAGGAGACAGAAAUGAAGAAAUCUGAGGCAACAGCUACUACUUUGGCACAAGAGAGGGAGAAGUAUCAGGUAGAUUUACAGAAGGUAGAGCAGCUGGAGACAAAGAUCAACUCUGAGUUGGAAAUGCUGAAAAACAAGAUAGAAACCAUGAAUUCAGAGCUGGAAAUCUAUGGAGAUAUUCCAAAGCUGAAAGCACAGGCAGAAGAGAAAAAGAAGAAACUGGCUGAGGACAAAAUCACAUUGCAGAAGAGAAGAGACACAAUAAAACAACUUGUCCAAGAUUUGUCAGCUGAUUAUGAGUCCCUGAAAGUACAGCUUGGAGACAAUGAAACUUUUGCACAGCUGGGCAACCUUGAGCGUAAAUGGCAGCAUCAUGAGCAGAACAACUUUGUCAUGAAAGAAUUCAUUGCAGCCAAGACCAUGGAAUGUGACUACCGCCCCAUAAUGAAGACUGUCAGCACACUUGUUGCUGAUUACAACCAGCUCCUGAUGGACCAUCUCUCUGGCAAAAGCUCUGUGGGAUAGUGCAAAAAGAAUAUCAAAAUUUAAUAUGAAAGCAAUUAUGGAAUAGACUAUAAUGAUUUUAAACUACUCACAUUCCCUGGAUCUGUAUAAUAAGGUUAUCCGUCCCUAUAGUCUAAUUUUUAUGUUACAAAAUGAUAUAGGAUUAUUAUUUUGUGUUAUUGAAUUGAUAAGUGCUGGAAUUACUGAAAACUAUUUUAUGUAGAUGCAGAUUUGUUUUGCUUAUCAAAGUGAGUAUUUUAUAUAUGCGGGGUAUUUCACAAAAUGUUGUUAAUUUUGUAAAGGAAUUUGUUGUAUGCUUUACUUGUUUUGAUACAUAAAAUGUCCUGUCAAUAAAUUAUUUA